GCAAACAGGACCAGGAAGUCAUACCAAGGGAGAGAGAAAGACCAGGAACAAAGCAGCGUGAAAAACCAAGUUUUUUAAAAGAUAAAGGACUAAUAAUAAGAAGCCGUGGGGAACCACAGCACGGCUAGGAAAGGCAGAGCCACCUAGGAGGGGUGAGACUGGAGGAGGGAGUCUGCAGGGAGGGGGAGAGAGCAGAGAGCAGAGGAGCACGGACGUCAGGAACAAAAGCCCCAGCAGUGGAGUCUGGCAAAGGCAAGGAGAGAGCAUGGGGUGUUUUUGAAUAAUUAUUAAAAUGAGCAUGUGUCUGCGCCAUCCUGUGGGUGUGGCGCAGAGCGGAGUGUAAACUCUAGCGGGGCCGAAGCAAACAUUGGCUUAGCGGCAGCAGCUGCCAGUUUGUGCCUAGGAGUGUGGGGACCAGAGCGGCGGCGAACAGACCGGCACCAUGGCUUCGUCUCAGGGGAAAAACGAGCUGAAAUUCGCCGACUGGAUGGCAACUCUGCCUGAGAGCAUCCACAGCAUCCCCCUCACCAAUUUAGCGAUCCCAGGGUCCCAUGAUUCCUUCAGCUUCUACAUUGAUGAAGCCUCUCCAGUAGGCCCCGAGCAGCCAGAAACUGUCCAAAACUUUGUGUCCGUGUUUGGAACUGUAGCCAAGAAGCUGAUGAGGAAGUGGUUAGCCACUCAAACGAUGAGUUUCACUGGUCAGCUAGGAGCUGGGAUCCGCUACUUUGACCUCCGAAUUUCCACCAAGCCCAGAGACCCAGACAAUGAACUGUACUUCGCUCACGGCUUAUUCAGUGCCAAAGUCAAUGAGGGUCUUGAAGAGAUCAAUGCUUUUCUCACAGACCACCACAAAGAGGUAGUAUUCUUGGACUUCAACCAUUUUUAUGGUAUGCAAAAAUAUCACCAUGAAAAACUGGUCCAAAUGCUGAAAGACAUCUAUGGAAACAAAAUGUGCCCAGCCAUUUUUGCCCAGGAAGUGAGUCUAAAGUACCUAUGGGAGAAGGACUAUCAAGUAUUGGUCUUCUACCACAGUCCAGUGGCAUUGGAAGUGCCCUUUCUCUGGCCUGGGCAGAUGAUGCCAGCACCCUGGGCAAACACAACAGAUCCUGAGAAAUUGAUCCAGUUUCUUCAGGCAUCCAUCACCGAGAGAAGAAAGAAGGGCUCGUUUUUUAUAUCUCAGGUGGUGCUGACACCCAAAGCAAGCACUGUGGUCAAGGGAGUCGCAAGUGGCCUCAGAGAAACAAUCACAGAAAGAGCUCUUCCUGCCAUGAUGCAGUGGGUCCGCACCCAGAAGCCAGGAGAGAGUGGCAUCAAUAUUGUCACUGCCGAUUUUGUAGAACUUGGUGAUUUUAUCAGCACUGUCAUAAAACUGAACUAUGUCUUUGAUGAAGGAGAAGCCAACACUUGAUAUUACUCUUUGGAGCGUCCAUGAGUAAGAUAGAGAAGCCUCAUUGUAUUAGACAUAUUAUCAACACACCCUCUGAUUUUUCCUAUUCCACCGAGUCUCUGAAGGAAUUAGGAGUGGCAGUGAAUAGGAAAAGAGGGUAAUCAUGUCUUCAGUGAUUGUAACCAUAUCCCGCAUUACUAUAAAUAUGUCAUUUCCCAUUUGGUGAGAAAACUCUACUUCUAGUGUUAGGAAUAGAAAAGAACAGUGAAUUUUGCUUUUCAGAAUUUAUGUCUGUGAUAUGUAACUCAUGAGUGUUCUCUUGAUUGCAUUUUCUAAUUUCAAUCUCGGGCUUCUAUACUAUCCAUAGUGUUCUAUCCUUUCUGCUCCCCCUCUUUUGCUCGCUCUUUCUAAUUAGAUGCUAUGUGGGUCUCAAAACAAUUGAAUGCCCGACAUAAUGUAUAUUACAUUGUUGUACUGAAAUGUGUUUGUUUUGUGAGACUUGAUAAAAUAUUCCAUAGUCAUCUACAAUUGGGUGAUCAUAGCUAAUUCUUGCUCAUAGAAAAUACCCAUCAAAUCACUUUCCCCACAUCAGUAAUAUUGGCAGUCAUUAGUGACUUUUGUGUUCUAAUGAAACAAUGGUGUUUCAGAACAUUUCUGUGUGAGACAGCUAUGACUAUUGCACACAAAGAUCUUUGGAAAGACUGUGAGCAUCAACUCCAUAUUUUAAAAGGAAGAAUGCUAUAUACAGAGAUAGCUACUAUCUUAAUUCAGUAGUUUAAAUAAUAAUGCCAUGCAAAUGUCAAGCUACAAUUGUGUGGCAAUCUGAAGAAAACUUUUAAAUCUAUAAAAAUUCUCUUCAUAAUUUUAAUUUUCCAAAAAAAAUCAAAAAGAGUGAUCAUGAGACUCUUCUAUAAAAUUGGAAUUCCAAUUGCAUAAUUAUAAAACUCAUAUUACAAAAAAAUUUAAGAAUCUUUAUUCAUGUUUAUGACUUAGAAAGAAGAAAAAGAAGGAAUGCCAAGGGAGUUAGAAUAAUGCUUUUGAGACUAUAUCCACAAUCUCUAAAGUUCCUUUACAAAUUCUUCAGUUAGCAUUCUGGGUUCCAUCCUGACCCAGGCAAGAAGGCCAAGGAGCUGAAGUCUCAUACAAAGUUUCUGUGGCAUCACUUUUAGUAAUCCAGGCAAAACAAUGUUAACACACUUUUAAAUGUUGGAUCCUCUUGUGUCUUUGUAGUAUUUGAAAGCUCCAAAAACAAUCUUCAAAGAGCAUAAUUCCCCUCUCCCUAAAUUUCAGAGGAAUAAUGUGAGGGAUUAUUAAAAUUCCAGACCAUUGCAGAAGUUCCUAAAAUAAUGAAUUAUUUUAUGUUCAUACAUAGAAAUAAUCAAACCUCAAUCGUUUCCUGGUACAAUGCGUUUCCACAAAUAUCAGACUCCUGGAGAAAUAAAAGCACGGCCUUGGCUUUUAACUAAUAAAAAUGAAGGAUAUAUGAGUUAAUCCCUGUGACCUAGAUAAGGAGUUGAUUUAAAGUUUACAUCUCAAUAUUAUAAAUAACCAAGAAUUGACUUAGAGAGUAGAUAUUCUUUACUAGUAAACAGCACUUUCUAACAACUACAGAGAGUGAAUAGAAAUUGUCUAUACUGAAUAGAAUGUUCAUGAAAAAUGUGGUCUCCUUUUAAAUAAGCAGCAUGCCUAUGCAUGCAGCAGAUAUGUUUAUAAUUCCAGUUGUGUGUGUGUAUUUUGACACACAUACUCUGGUUUAGGCAAGCUGAUACUGAUACAUACAAAUACUCACAGAUUAUAUGAAAACAUAGGAUAAUUGUCUUCAAAUAAAAAAACACUGAUAUUAGUAAAUAAUUCCCAGAGCCAGGCCUCAUAAUACAUGUCCAUAACCCCAGAACUUGACAAGUAGGAGAAUCAAGACAUUGUUAAGAUUAGCCUGUGCAAUCCUUUGUGCUCAACGCUAACCAAUAAAAAAAUCCCUUAGUAAUGUAAGAGAAAUGUUACAAAACAUUUGAAAAUGCAGUAGUUCAUCAUAAAAAUAUUUUGAUAAAAACAUUACAGCUUGGGACUUAAUGUUCACAAAGUAUACUUUCCUUCCUCAUUGAUCUAUCCUUUGUAAGUCUAUUAUCUGUCUAUUUUACUUGAUCUUGUGCAGAUGAAUCAGAACUCUCUUUAAUCAAUUAAUGAUACUAUGCCCCAUAAAAUUGCUUUUGGAAUCAAUUUGCUUUCUGACUACUCAAUUUUGAUGCCUCAUGAGAAUCUAUAACCAACCACAGUUGCGAUGACACAAUUAUUUAACUUACAAUAUGACAAAAAAGAGAUUCUCAAUCUGUUAACAAAAAAUGAAUGCAAUGUAGAAGUACUGUAUCAUGUUUUCUUGGAUUUGGAUAUUUCCUUACAGUGUUUGCACAUAGUCAACUUUGUGAUAUUUGCUAUGUGGGUACUGGGAAGAAUAAACGUAUUGAAGCACUAGAAUGAAAUUUCUUAACUAGGACAGAGGGGUUUUGUCUGUUUUGUGGGUGUUGCCUUUAAUGGUGUCCACAUAGAACUUUGUUAGAGAGGAGGUACUUUGAAUCUAAACUUACAAUUUCCAUGUGGAUAUAUAGUUAGUUCCUAGGUAGUAGGCACUGAGAUAAAUGGACAUGCCUUAACUUCUAAAAAAGAACUUAGAUAUAAAUAAACCAUGAGAGAAAUCACUACAAGAGAUUUCUGGAAAGAGAGAAUGGCGAUAAGGUACCUUUGACUGUCUUCUGGUCACUGGCCCUGCUGUGGAACACACUCAUGGAGCAAACUGUUGCCCUUUCAUAAAAAAAAUGAUGAUAUGCAAUCCAGUCAGACCCUUAGCUCUGUUUUGUCUUUCCAGAGACCAUGGAGCAUAAGGGUUACACACAGACAUCAAGUGUAGCUAUGUCUUGAUGUAUUUUAUGUUUUACUGGCACUUUAAGACACUAUGUUACAAGUCCUACAAAUCCAAAAAAAAAAAAACUAAAAUCUAAGUUUUACUCAACCCAUGACAGUAAAUCCAAAGAAUGAGUGCAAUGAGGGAAAAUACUCAAUAAAAUCAUUUUUGCAUUUGUUUUCCUUUCAGUUACUCUGAAGGACCAACAUAGCAAAUACUUCUGCCAUUACCAUUUCUGUCUCCUUAUUACACAGUCAAGUGAGCACAGAGAAUGAGGAGGCAUCCUUUCAAAGCAUUAGGAGAUUCUAUAUGGUAACCUCAAUGUUCACUUUCGGCCAUAUUAGAAAACUCGCAUUUCACAGAACACCUCCUAGCAGAGAAUGUAUCAGAGCAUAAAAUAUUUUGCAAGAAGACACACACCCACACACACACACACACUUGAAGUUACACUCAACCAGCCAAAUUGAUUUUAUUGCCAUUUUAACUCUCGAAAUCAAUAUUUCCUGUUAUCAGGCUUGAAUAUAGAUCAAGUGUUUGAAUAUUUAAGAAGAGAAAAAUCAUUAUAAAACCAAUAAAAAUGAGACCAUUAGAAACUAGACUGACCUGGCAGUAGUGCUCUAUUUAUACUGUCAAUCAACCUCAAGGUACAUGAUCUAAUGCAAAUUUGAAUACAAAUGUUUGAACACAUAAACAUCUUCACUCAAAGCUGUUUGAGUCCUCUAAAUUUCUGAGGUGUUUUUUGGCAGUGCUACCUGACCAGGUAACUACCUGUUAGAAUCACAGACUCGAGAGUUGGAAGUCUCAGGAAAUGCAUGUCUUUGUUAGUGUUUAGUUCUGCUGUUUUACAAAUACUUAGUGACACAAUCUCCUAACUUGUCUUUGGUUUGUCAACCAAAGAGGAGAUAAAUAGGUCAAGUGCUCGCAUCCUGAACAGCUAAGAGAUAAUAACACACAGUGUCUGUCCCUCAUGAGAUACUAAAUAAGAUCUCUAGAGAAUUUUAUUUUGCUAUAUUUUAGUCUUUUUCACUAGUUUUCAGUGACACCAUGGUGUGAAUGCUCCAUUUGCCAUAACUUAUUGGUGACUCCUGUGUAAUGUACAGUUUAAAAUAAUGUUCCAAAUUGUUUUACCAAUGAUGAUAUAAAAUAUUCUGUAGAAUUUGUUCAAAAAAGUAUUAAGUAAAAAUUGUGUAAUUUUUUAUUUUACUUGUGAUACAAUUUUGUAGUUGUUAGUUCUAAGCAUACAUUUGUAUGAGUCAAAAUUGUCAGUGAUAAGUGUAAUUACAUUGUAUCUUCUUAAAAAUCAAACUUAUCCUAAAGAAAAAGGGCACAUCAUGACUAGCCUUAACUCCUUGUCAUUUUUGCUUUGUUUUGUUUUAGCUCGGUUGAAUUGCUGCAGUUUGGAUUUAACUUAUUAGCAAAAUUCCUAUUUCUUCUGAAGAUGUCACUUAAGCAAUCUUAUGAAGUAUAUGCUUUAGAAAGUUGCUGAGUUAUCACAACCCUACUGUCCAGCUUUGUCAUCAGUUAUGCUUUUUGAAAGUAUCAAAUAUCAUUUAGUUUAUAUACUACAAGACUAAAUUCACAUUUAUUUCCAUCCGAUUCAGAACCAGCGCCAAAAUUCCAACACAGUAUUUUGUAAGAGUAGGUCAUUUCUACUUUAAUGAUAAAGUCUCCAAGGAAAACCAUCUCUAACCCACUGAUUUUGAAGUUCUGGUCAUGAAAUAACACGGACUGCCUUAGAUCUAUGAGAAUCACAGACAUUCCAUUCACAUGAGGAAACUUCCAACCAGUCUACAAAGGUAGUCAUAUUGGUAGCAAAACUGUAAUCUAUUUUAAGCUUAGACUCUGUUUAUGAACAUUGUUUCCUAAUUUCUUUCAUUCUUGGUGUUUCUUUUUAAUGAUUACAUUUGCCAGUUAAAAUGCAGAACAGCAUUGAAAUUCAAAUCUCAAAUAAGUAAUAAGUUAUUGGUUUCCUACAUAGUUCAUUAGAAAUGCUUACACUAAUGUUCUUAUUUACCCGAGGUUCAAUUUUAAAUGAGUAUGUUCUGCAUUACUUCCUUUACUCUGGCAUCACUACACAUAAUGCCUCCACAUCUUUUUCAGCUGGCUUGCUGUGAGCUCUGAGAUCACUCUUCCAUACCACAACUCAUAUAAUCUGUAGUUUUGGUUCUUUCAUGAAGAAAAUAUUAAUUCACACUAAGUCUGUGGAUGUGUUUCAAUAACCAUCCCCAAAGUCAUUUGAAACAUCAAACGUGUAUCUUCACUAGAUGAAUGAUACCAAAUUCAAUUUUUUCCUCUAAUGGCAUGCUGGAGGACUAGACUCUACCUAUUAUUUAUGGAAAUAGUAUUCCCCAGUUAUUGAGACAACAAAAAAACAUGGCACACAUCAAAACGUCACUUGGAAAGUUGAACAGCCUUCUAACUCAAGACCAGAGCUUCUUCUAAGACUCGAUGUGUUUUCCUUUAAACACAAGUCAAAUGAACCCAUCAUCCCACUCCCUAUCAUUAACACCUUAAAAUUACAUUAUGAAUUACAGGUAGUAAUCUCUGUAGAAGAUUUAAUGAAAGGAACUCUUCAGUGAGGGAGAAAAGAAUCCAAAGUAAAUACAGUCUAGUCCUGAGGCCUCCUUCCCAUGUUGGAGGAUGAUGCUGGGCAGUAGGUGGGGACAGAAAGACUUCCCGGGGUAAAGUCCAUGCCAGAGACAGUUGCUGAAGCAGAUUGUAUUGAACAGCUAGUUUUCAUGAACUGAAACUGGAAACCUGUGAAUAUAAGAUGUGAGAUCUAGUGUGGUUCUGAAAUCAGCUUUCAAAGACAAGAACCAUGCUGAAAUUAUUAAAUAAUGCCCAGUGUUUCCAGCACAGCGUCCUUCAUACUCUGCACAUGGAUGGAGUUCUAGAAGAUUCAUGAUAGCUACCUCCUUUCUUGAUAUUCCUAUAAGCAAAAUAGGAAAACUAAAUCCCAUAAUAUGUUUCCAUCUUGGCUGACUGUACAUAUUUGUGUUGAUUUGCUUCAUUUCUGGUGGGAGAGAAUGUGUAGAGCUGCUGUUUCUGUCACGAACCCCAGGAAUUUGCCAGAGGGAGUCAGAACUGUGCCUUCUCUUUUUAGGAUCUGUUCACUAAUACUUUAGUAUAUGUGCUAUUGUGAAAAUCCAUGCCUAUAGUCUGUAUAGAAGAUGUGAUUUUUUUAUAUAUAAAAUUGUGUUCUUAAUGUAAAAAAAAGUUCAUUUGUAGCUAGUGAAAUUGCUUAAUAAAGUCCUGGUACCAGUUA